AUGGCUUCUAGAAUUGGCACUCAAAUGUUCCGUGCAUUCAGAGCUGCUCCGCGGCCCUCGUGGUCUGCGCAGGUGCCGCGUGCGCCCGCUUUCCGCCGCUUCAUCUCGGCCAAGAUGGAACAGCCGCAUCUGCGCUUGGGCUCAAUUGCCCCAAACUUCAAGGCAUUGACCACCCAGGGCGAAAUUGACUUCCACGAGUUCAUCGGUGAUAAGUGGACCAUCCUCUUCUCACACCCUGCAGACUUCACACCCGUGUGUACAACCGAAUUGGGCGCCUUCGCCCGCCUUCAGAGUGAAUUCGACGCACGCGGUGUCAAGAUGAUCGGAUUGAGUGCCAACGAGCUCGGUUCCCAUGACCAAUGGAUCAAGGACAUUAACGAAGUCGGCUCGACACAAGUCCAAUUCCCAAUCAUCGCCGAUGCCGACCGCAAAGUUGCCUUCCUCUACGACAUGAUCGACCAGGAUAGCAUUGGACAGAAGGAAAUCGCGUUUACUAUUCGCUCCGUGUUCAUUAUUGACCCGAGCAAGAAGAUCCGCCUGACCAUGAUGUACCCCGCCUCCACGGGCCGAAACUCCGCUGAGGUCCUGCGGGUCAUCGACUCCCUGCAGACCGGUGAUAAGAAAGGUGUAGUUACCCCGAUCGACUGGAGCGUUGGCGAUGAUGUCAUCGUGCCCCCUCUGUCACUACCGCGGAUGCCAAGAAGAAGUUUGGUGAAGUUCGUGAGGUUAAGCCUUACUUGCGCUUUACCAAGGUCUAAAGAUAUGGAUAUGUGUAACAACAGAUAA